CUCUAGAACAGUCUGAAUGACAAAUCGCGAAGAGGAAGCAUUCUAACCUUACAGCAUUGAUUUUCGCCAGCGUAUUUUCCGAAGCAGAUUGUGACAAUGUUCCAAAACAGCGCUGCCCGUCUCCUGGUCCCAGCUAUCCGUAGCGCCAUGCAGAGCCGUUGCCAGUCGGUCGUCUCCGGACCCCCGACCCAGCACGUCUCCACCGCCGAGAAGGUGAUCCUGGGCGGCGGCAUGUGCGCUGCGUCCCUGUUCAUUCCCGCCUGGGUGCUCUACCACAUCCGGGACUACAAGGGCGACAAGUAAUCUGGACCCGUAACCCCUCAUAUGUAGUUAAUACACCUGUAAAGUAGAGAGUGGUACAAGAAUAGUGGCCCUCAAGAAGGGAAAUAAACUAUAAUGCAUUAAGCCACAAA